AUGCAGGUGGUUUGCUUUGACAUUCAUUGCUGUGGAUUAUUUUUAGAAAUUUGAAAUAAAUGAGUGGAUAGAACAGCGCUGCGGAUGCACUAAUGUGGUUGCUGGGACAGUGGAAGGAUGCUCCCCAAUAAUUGGUUUAGGAAACAGACUAUAGUUCUUCUGGCGGGGCUUACACUGUGCUGUGAAUUAUUCCUGAGGUAUGCACUGCCUUGAGUGACACAGAGAAACAGAAUCUGCCGACUACCAGAGGAGUAAAGCAGCACAUCCACGCAGGAAGCUUCUGUCAGAAUGCCCCCCUCCCCGUGCGUUUGGUUGGGUAGUAGCUUCCUCCCAUCAUCCACACACCGUAGUCCUGUAUCUGUGUCUGUAAGUGACUACUACUACGCUGCCACCAUUCAUGAGGCGAUGUGCAUCCCACUUCUGACACCAGUUGGGGAACUGUCCUAUAUCCUUCAAUUACACAGAGAAGGCAGGCAGUAAUAUAGGAACUAAAGGCAUUUAUCUUUGUGAGACUAUUUGACUGCACAAUGAGCUAUGAUCACAGACAGUGAAGGAUUACUGGCCAGUCACAUCGAGGGAUUUCUUAGUAAAACAGGACAUCCCUGGUAGGAUGUGUGUUGGAGAGAGUCUACUGACCAAACAGUAAUGGCAACAAGUGGCCCUGUGUCUGUGUUAGAUAGUGGUAGAAGAGAAGCUGCAGGAACUUUGAGAGACAGAGUCACCCGGCGACGGAGUCCAGCACGCUGUGCCAGUAGGUCCUCAAUUCAUGAAUUACAACUUAAUGAGUUGCAAGUGACUGACUUUGAUAUAGAUUAUAGGAUUCCACAGCCAUACAGGACAAGUUUCAGUGCCACCCAUUCUGUUGAGAAGAAGGUAGGACGAAGCAGAUCCUUAAGUCCAUCAUCUAGUCUGAGGUCUGGAAGAAGGCCCAAAGGAGCCAGAAGUAGGUCCAAGAGUCCAAAGCGAGUGACAUAUGACACAAGAGUCACUGUGCGCCACUCAGAUACAGAGGAUAGUAUGUUCACAGAGCUUUCUAGUCAUGAGUUUGAAUCAAGUCCACAAAGUUUGACAAUCAAUUCGCAUCCAAAUAAACUAAACACUUCAAUACGAUCCGCUGAUUCUGGGAUAGAUUAUUCUUCCCAGCUGCGGGACAUCUCUCAACAGAUAUACAAGAUGGAUUGGUCUCCACAUAACACACUUGACAAAUCAAGUCGCCCUUCUCAUGGGAUUCUCAAAGACAAACAAAAUUCAGUAAACAUGUCCCCAGUGUCUCCCAUGUCUCCUGUGUCAAAUGACAGCAUACAGGUAUCACCGCAGAGUCCAGUAUCAGUUGAUAUUGGGAACAAAGAGAACAGUCCAGAUGGUUCAGUGAGUAGAACAGGAGACACUGACAAGAGAAGGAUUAUCACGAGGGAAUACAACUAUGACCGGACCAUAAGCUACAGGAUAGCGGUACAGGAGGAACCGUCAGAUGAACUGAAACAAAUCGGGGAGGAGAUCAUUGAUGGUAAGUCUCCCGAAGACAAAGGUGUGAGGAAAGAGAGGUCUAAUACUCUACCAACACAGAACCUUGAAAAUGGGCAGCUCUCCCCCAUGAAAAAAAGUGUCAGCACCAGUAUUAGCAACUUCUUCAGGAAGAUUUCACCAAGACUUGGAAGAAAGAACAGCAAAGACAGGUCGGGAAAGUCCAGCUCAGCUAGUGGGAGUGCACAGAGUCUGACAGUAAGUGAUGGGGCGUCAGAUGGUCACGAAAGUGACCGCUUCUCUAGGAGCAAAGUCAGGAGGUCAUUCAUGAAGCUGAUUGGUAGAUCAAAAUCAAGGUCAAAAACCCGUGGAGAUUCUGGCCACAUUUCACCCAAAUCCAAAGAAGGUCAUGACUUACCAGAUGCAAAUCCAGACACAAGAGGGCCUGUCACCCCGAAGCAGCAACAGCUCCCUCAGUCAACCAACAGAUUGAUGAAAUCCAUUGAGCGCAACUCUUUGUCAGAGAGAGAUGUAUAUUCAAAGUUCAAAGAGAAGCAGUCACCCAACAGACCAAAUGAGGUGAGCCCUGGAGGAGGAAAACCUCUUGCAGUUCGCCCGUUGCAAGAUUCAGCCAAUGAGUCUGGUUACAACAGUUCUAGCAUCACUGUGGACAGUGGACAUAUCUCGGACACAACAUAUCAGCCAGAACAGGACAGGGGCAAGCCCAACCCACCCAAGUCGCUAGAUGUCAUGCCGCCAAGGGCAGUCAAGGCAUUGCAGACGUCAGUCAUCAGCAGCAUAUCAGGGGAUGAAUCCAUUGGGGAGUGUUCCCUUGAUGUCAAUCUCACAGGAAAGGAAAGGCCGUCUCCGAUGGAAGACACACCAGCAAGUGAACCGUCCCUCCUCAGCCAGUCUACAAGCUCCAGACAGGCCGUGAUAGGCCAGGAGUCUUCGGAAGGGACCAUACUUUCGGACACCAGUUCGAGCAACAGAGGCAAAGACAAGGGAUCCCUGAACAAUGUUCUGACAGAGAGUGACAAGGAGAAUGCCAUACCUGACCUUAAGUCACCAUCACUUACCAACUCCUGGGACCUCUCCCCACAAGACCCCAACCGGAAACCUUCGUAUUUGAAAAUAAGUUGUGCAGUUAGCGGCUAUGGCCGAUACAGUCAGUACUCUUCCUAUAAAAACAUAGAGAAGCGUUCCCCUUUUUCUAGUACAUCGUCCCUCCGCUCAAUCCCAAGUUCACCGGAUAUGCCAUCCGUACAGAGUCCCAGUGGGGACAGGACUCGUGAUGAGUGUUUGCGGUCAGCUCUUGGACAGUCACUGCAGAGCCCUCUUGUGGCCAAUGGACAGUCGACUAAAAAUGGAACUAUACUAAAUGGACAUGGUCAAGUGCAUCCCACAGGAGAUAAGAUCAAGGAUGGAGAGUACUUCCUACAGGCCACCCAGCUGGAGGAGGACAGACUUCAGUCCCUGUGUGACCAGGCUGAGACAGAGCUCAAGGAGCACAUACUGCCAGAGGAAGUGUCGGGCAGAUUGCGAGCAGCUGUUGGCAAGGGCAACUUGUUAGUCACACAGAAGUUUCAGCAGUUCAGGGACUUGUGUUCACAACACAUGUACCCCAAGGCAGGUGAGAAGGAGACAAAGUGGGAGGAUCUGCAAGGAUUCUGGGAUAUGAUCAAGAUACAGGUGGAUAGUGUAGAUGACUUGUUUGCUGAGAUUACGCUGAUGCGGCAGAACGGGUGGAAGGAGAUUCCACGACAACCAUCACGGAGAAGCUCUGCAAGUUCUAGUCCAAAGUCUGGCAGUCUGUCUCAGGGAAGCACACCCUGUCACACACCAGGAUCAAAACGGAAAGGGUUGAAAACAAAAGACACACCUGAGUCUUCCCCAGAGAGAGUUCAGAAGGCACGUCUUGCCGCAAAAGCUAGAGAUGACGCAAGGAAAAAGAUGCUGGCUGAGAAGAGGGCUGCAAUGAAACAGCAGCAGGCGAACCAGGAAGUAGAAAUCUACAUGCCCGAAAACACAAAAAAAUGACAAGAAGAGUAACUGUUUCCUGUUGAGAUUAUUGUGUACAUCAACAACUACUUCAUAUGUAUAGUAACCAAAUAUAUGAGACUUCCAAACAAGAUGGCAUUUAUAUAGGAAAUGAGUAUCAUAGGUAUAGUGUAUACUUAUUGACAAGUACAUUCAUACCAAGUGCAAUCAUAUUUCAUGUCUUGCCUAGUCACCAUCUGGCAACCCUUACUUCCACGUUUCGUGCCUUUUUUUCGUUGACAAUUGUAGAUAGUUGAAUUUGUGGAGUAAGGGUAGCUGGGAUUGAAAUGGUUAGGUGAAAAUCGCUCAUGAUCUUUUGGGCCAAAAGCCUCUGGUGGAUGCUGAAAUCACAGAAUCAACAACAUAUUCAUAUUUUCAGAGUUGUUCCAUAUCCACAAAAUUAUUUUCAAAAUAUUGAUGCAAUCACAAGUGUGUACUUGAUUGGGUACAAGUGUUAUGAUACAAAAAUCAUUGUUCUUUCGUCUUUGUACUAUGUGAAAAUGGACUUUUGUAUUUGAGAGGCUUUUGGCUCCAAAGUCAAUCAUUAACAUUUACUUGCGAUGGUGCGUUUCUGUGUGCAUAUAUUUGGUUUAAUUUGUCUUAAGUCAAUUUUUGAAGGUGCACAUUGUGGAACUUUGUUAGCGACAUAUGCAAUCUGCUGAAUAUGCUUACCUGAAAUAUGCCUUGUUAUUAUUAUUAUUAUGAUGUGUAUUUUUUUGCAUUUGUUAUAGCAGUAUUCAAACUUAGUAAUGAUGGUGGAUAAUUAUAUUGUUACAGAUUUCUAGUUGGCCAAGGAAAUCGACUAUCCUGAAUGGGAUGUAUUAGUUUUCUUCAUGUAAAUACAUGGGUAAAGUUAUCGUAAAGGACACAAUAUUGAUGAGGUUGAAGUUGUAAUUAGUUAAUUAUUCAAUUUUAUGCCAGCCCAGCUCCCUUAAGAAGUUAUUGUCCUGAAAUAUCAAAAAGAAAGAAAAAUCUCUGUAUGUGUUACCGAAUAUCUGUAAUUUAUGAAAUAUGCCACAACAUUGUCAUAGGUUCAUGGGAAUAGUAUCUGUUUGCAGGAAUGUACAUACAUAUCUGGAACAGGUUCUAACAACAAUUACAUGAAGAAAUAACAUGCCCACUGCCUAACAUUUAAAAAUAUACUGGAUGAAUAGGUAAGAAUUAUUUGUGUUGCCUAAAGAAAUAUGCAUAUGUCAUUGCACUGAAAGGGAUAUUACUUGAUGGAAUGUUCUUUAAGUCAAUAUUUACCAAUAUAUACCACUGUCACAACAUGAUUUUAUCUGGAUAAUAUGACUGCUACGUUUCUCAACUCUUGUCACCUAACAUACAGUGAUUGGGCUAUAUAUCAACACUAUUUAUUUGGGAUAUUUUAAAGUUAUGCUAGCGCAAUAUUUCAUUUGAAGAAAUGAGUGUUUUUGGUUAUUGUUUUGUAUUUGUAGACAUAUUUUCAUGUACUUUCUCUAUUUAUUGUGCAAGUGUUGAUACAAUGAAAUAAUUUAUGCCAGUAUAGGCAAUGAUUAUUUAAAGGUGCUCUUACAUCUCAAGAUUAUCUCAAUAAUUCCCAUCAUAUUAUUGUCUUGUUCAGCUUUAAUCACAAGAAAUUCACUAUUUAGUGUUCUGUGUUACCUCCCUUUGAUCAGUUUCCUUACAGAAUGUUACCUCCCCUUGGUAAUUGUUAGUUCCAAAUUCAUGAUUUCCUUUACCUUUUAAGACAGUUGUUGAUAUCAUAUCACAGUUGAUAGGAAUUAUAUCAUUCCCUUGGAGAAAGUUGAAAUCAAAAUUUAAUCCAAGACCAUGAAAACUUUGUUAAUUGAGCACAAAGUACAGCUAUAUUGUUAUUCAGGAAUUGUGUGGUUGUGUCAUUAUCCUAGCAGCAGUAAUGUGAUGGAAAUUGUGUAGAUAAGCUCAGAGAGAAUCAAUAUCAUGUACGUAUCCUGAAUUUUCAUGUAAAAUGUACAUAUAUUUUCAUUAUGAGCAUAUAACCCUUCCAGUUUGCACAUACUGGGACCUAAACCAGUCAAUAUAUUUAUGAUACUUUCAUGUCUCAGUUUCAUACAAAAGUGGAGUGACAAGGGGCUUGUCAAGCACAUAGACUGUACUAGCAAAUGAAAGUCCUCAGUUCAUGUUAUUAAUUGCAAUUUACAUGGAUGUUAAUGAUUAAUGUAUUAUCUGAUUGGUUUGGGGAGAUUCAGGUUGCGAUUUGAUCAUUGAUAGUUGACAAGUCCAACUGAAAAAUAAAUUUUGAAUACAAGGAAAAUAUCAGUGCUUAUUACAAGCCAAAGAUAUUUAAAGAACAUUAUAACAUUGCAUGCGUACAGCUUUGACACAACAUGCCAAAUUGUUCAUUGCUUCCAAACAGUGACUAUUAUAUUUCUGCACAAAAUACGUUGACCCUGAAUGAGAAGCAAUUAAGAGAUACAUACGUCAUUAUUUUUCUAUUCCCAAAGUUUUUCUAUGUUUAUUAUGAAAAUAGGUUUUGCAAUAAAGUCAUAGAAUAUCCCAGUUUGACUGACACCUAAAACUAAUUAUCCCACCUAUACAUGUGAAAGUGGUGAUCACAGGAGAUGCCUGUUAUACUGGCCAGGACAAACUAUACACCAAUAUGUCAUGUAUUACUAACAGGUACAGCUUGUGUAACCAUCCUUACUGUCAGAGAUCUGGAAUAUUGAAAAAAAUGUGUAUCGAGUAUGUGACCAAAUUUUGUACAGUGAUGUUAAAGUGGUUUACAAGUACUAGACUUACAGAAUGUAGAUUCUUGUAUUGUUAAUCAGUGUUUGUGACAUGUGGCUUUGUUAAUCUACAGAUGAUUUCUUUGCCUAAUUUGUUACUGACAGGGUAAGAUUUGUUGACAAGCGUUUCCAUAUGUUGGCACAGGGCCAUUUUUUAGCCUGGACGUUAUCGAGUUUUUGAAAAUAAUGAUUAUUACUGAAAAAUGUCCUAAAUAUAUCCAGUACAUGCCCGAAAUAUCCAGUUAGCUUUGACAGUUGUUUUGGUCAUCAGCAUAUCUGAAAUCAUCACUGGAUGAAUCUAUGCCUUAUAAUUGUACAGUGUUUUUUUUUUCAUCAAGGGUUUUGAAAUUCUUGAGGGAAAGAUGCAUAUUUCCUUUGUUUAUUUGAUUCACAUGUUCACAUUGCAAGCUUUGACAGUAACAUUUAUGAUUACAUUUCAAGGAGUAAACUGUAAAACUUGGACGACAAUACAAGAUCAAUUAAAGGCCUUGGAAACAAAGUAAUGACAUACAGUAUUUUGCUAAUGAAUCUCCAAGCUUUUAAUAUUGUGCAGUUUGAUAUGCAUGUCAGAAUAAAGUGAAAUGAGAAAAGAGCA